GGGUUUGCUGUAAAUAAACAAUGACCAUGUAGCAAACCGUUUUCAUAUGGCGAAUUGUGAAACUUACAACCUGCCAGUACUGGAAUUAGAGCCGCAUCAAAUCCGGGAAGCGCUGCGCUGCGUCUUGCACACAAUCAUAUUCAACCGCGCUCUGGGCUAUGUCGUUCCAAAGGACGUGGACUCGGAGCUGUUUGACAUAACUUUUGUCAAGUGCGGUGACCCCGCCGUGGAAGCUCGAGUGGAGUCGCGCAUUUCAGACUUCUGUGCCCAGGUUGACAAGCGUCCCGCGGACCUUCACCAGCUACAGCUGUCAUUCUAUGAGACACGCAGGAAGCAGGCAUGGUUCGGAAUGCAGGAUGAGCGGCUCUACUGGGAAACGUGGGUGUUGAGCGUCCUGGUGCUACAGCCGGAUGUGGCGAUGCAGACAGGGUCGGGGGGCGCUGCUACAACCAGUGCAGCAGGAGCGGCUGCCGGCGGCAGCGCCGCCUGGAAUGCAGGGCUGCAGCAGCAGUCACAGCACGCGGCCGGAGCGGUGGCAGCGUCAUCCGUACCAGGAGUGGCAGGAGCGCAAGGUGCCCGGGCGUCGUCGCGCCAGGCGCGCAUGCAGGCAGCGCUGGAGGAGCAGUUGGCAUUCGUGGUGCGUUGCGUCAACGACCGGCGCGACCACAUACCGCCCGUGCUGUCGGCAUCCGCUGUCACCUUCCCUUUCGACAUAACCUUCAGCGGGUCGUCUGCCCGCAGCUCCGCAUCGGCCUCGCUGCAGGGCAGCCUGCAGGCAGUGGGAAAGAUGCUGCUCAAAGCCACGCCGCCGCCCGUGCUCAGCUGAGCUAUGGGGCUGCGGGGCUGGCCUGCGCUCAUUUGUCCACGUGGGCAGAGCUGUAGCUGGGCAGAGGCCGGGACUCGAGCUGCUGGGUGCUGGCUGCAGCUGUCUUUGUGGAGCCUAGCCGCCGCUGGGACCAGGCCGGGACUCCGAAACGAAGCCAAAGCUUACGCGGUGUGAAUCCAAGACCCAGUGGCUGAUUAGGUAAAGCACGUUGUGGGAUUGUGUAGCAUGCAGAAGCAUGCCAGGAAAAAAUGGUGUCGGUUGCUGUAAAGGUUGUGCGCUCUGAACCAGGCGAGAGUGAGUCUCGUGGAGGCUAAGCGCGAGGGGCUGAAUCAGGAGCGAGGUGGAGAGAAUGAAUUUCGGCGGGUGGUAGCGGCGGCUUGUGGCAGUGGCGGCUUUUGGCCGAGUGGUGGCAGUGGCAACGCUGCGCCAGUGGUGGCAUACGGUAUGCAGAGCGGAGGGAGUGGGCAUUGCAUGCACGAGCGAUGCAGUGAUGCGCCCAUGAUGUUGGCGGAAUUGAUGGAGGCAGGAUGGGGAAUACAAGAAGACGCUGACUGCCUCUGGUCGUGCAGGUGCACUGCCGUGCUGGGCGGUGUGCCUCUGCCAGCCUCCACCCCCUCUUGGCUGCUGGCGCUGUUUUUUAUGUUGGUUGGCGGCAAGAGUGGUGGUAGAUGAUUGUGCCGCGGAUUGACGUACGGGAGAAAGCUGGCACGGGCCAGGGUGUUGAGAGCUGGAACGGACGUGCAGGCACGCCACUUACUACGGGCGCUCGGUCUCAUAGUUGGUGGGAGCACGUGCCGCUGUGCCGCCUGGCCAUCUUAGCCCAUCGCACCGGGGAUUUAAGGCAGCACGAGCCCGGUGCCGGAAUGCACAACCAAUGAAGGGGGAUGGGGCCGCCUCCGCUGGAUGUAGCGUUAGGUUCAGGUGGUUGAACUUGCCUUUACGACGCCUGCUGACCGGUCGGGUCUAUGGUAUAUCGCCCUCACUG